AUGGAAAAGGCAGCAAAGCCCACUCGGCUUUUGGAUCUGAUCGAAUUGGUCCACAAUAUCCCUUUUGAUUUCGACUUCAGUGCGUUAUAUGCGCUUUACUUGCCAAACGAUCCCCGUCCACAUGGCUACAUGCUGCCCGAAACUGUAACAAAAAUGCCAUGGUCACCCGAAUUCGAUGUCCAGCACGAGAGUCGCUCCAUUAAAUUAUCGGAUAGCUCAAAUGGCCUGGAUACAGCGGCAGCAUGUAACAAGGCCUUCCAGCAAGUCAUCGAUGAUGCGAUAGCAGCCAAUGUUUUCCCCAGUGUGCACGGAAUGCAUAGUGAAAUGUACAAGAUAAUGGGGGCAAAUCAAUUCAUCCAUCUCGAACGGUUUAUGGCUCCUCUGUUUGGGAUUGCUGCACGAGGAGCGCAUUUAACGGCGUAUGUGAACAUGCCUGAGGGCAUUAAGGUCUGGGUUCCACGACGUGCAGCGAAUCUAUUCACGUACCCGAAUAUGCUCGAUACCACUGUUGCUGGAGGUGUCAAGUCUGACAAUUCUCCAUUUCAAUGUAUUGUGGCGGAAUCCGAUGAGGAAGCAUCAUUACCUAGAGACUUCGUGGAGAAGAAUGCUCGCGCUACAGGUGUCAUCACAUAUAUGACUAAGAGUAGGGUCACACAGCUGAUCAGACCAGAUGUCAUCUAUGUGUUUGACUUGGAGCUCCCCAGUUCGAUGAUUCCCGUACCCAAAGAUGGAGAGGUAGCGGGCUUCGAAUUAAUGUCGGUUGAGGAAAUUAACGCAGCCAUGUUCCGAGGGGAGUUUAAGCCCAACUGCAAUCUGGUCAUGAUUGAUUUCUUCGUCCGUCGUGGUAUCAUAACGCCGGAUAACGAAGAAGAUUAUGUCGAGAUUGCAGCUCGACUUCGCAGAAAACUUCCAGUUCCGACGACUCUAGCUCGUUAA